AUGAAUUCAACAGUAAUUUCUGCUUCAAAUGUUAAAAUAAUUCCUGGUUGGAUAUUGGACGUUUUACUCGGUACUAAUGCUAUAUUCGGCGAACUGCUAACUAUAUUUGGUAUCAUCGGAAACAUCAUCAACAUCAUCAUCUUUUAUAAACUGGGAUUUACCGAUACCGUUAACAUAACCUUGACCUUCUUGGCCUUGACUGACCUUGGCGCGCUCGUGACGCUACAAGCCUUCAACGUGCUGGUGAACCCCUGGUUCUUACAGCUGGAUGUGAACAUCAUCCCUCUGGAUAUAGCCGUGAUGGUGUCGUUCUACCCACACAACUACUUUAUCCGUGUGUGUGGGUUUAUCACGGCAUUCGCCAGCGUGGAGAGAUGUCUGUGUGUGGUGUUUCCGUUAAAGGUGAAGCGGUGGGUCACCACGAAGGUGGUGGUGGUGACGAAUGUCACCAUAUACUUCAUUACCUUGUUUAACGAAUUCCCCGCCUACUAUACCGGUUAUAUAGGUUGGAAGAAGAUCUCACCUGGGAAUAACAAGACUUAUUUGGGGAUUGUGUUCAGGAGUGUUAGUAAAAGCAUGUAUGACGUGUCGUACUUAAUCACUGACUUAUUCCUCCCUUACGCUACUUUCAUCGUUAUCAUCGUCUCCACCGUCAUCCUCUCGUUCAAACUCAACCAUCGCGCUAAAUGGGUCAAAACGCUAUCCAGCGUCAACAAACGUGAUAAAAAUAUCAGCCAAUCAGAGAAGCGGGUCAUCCGGAUGCUGACGACGAUAUCGAUAACGUUCAUCGUCUGCCUGAUGCCGCAGUCAGCCAUUUUGUCUGCGGUCAGCCUGGUGCCGGGGCUGGGGUUGUACGGGAAAUAUUUCGACAUCGCCCUCGUCUGCUACAACGUGGCCUACUACACGGAGUCCAUCAAUUCCAGCAUCACCAUCGUCGUCUACUACAGCAUGAGCUCGAACUACAAGAAGACGUUACAGCAAAUGUUUGCUUGUUUCAAAUGGAGCUAG